UUGAUGUGAUUGAUUAUUUCAAAGUUCUAGAAUUGUGUUUACAAAUUUUAAUUCAAUUCAAAUGUAAAUUUAAUCUACAAAAAUCAUACAUAUCAUCAGUUAAAAUACUCUUCAUUAAUAACUUUGGAAUUUGUUUAAAGUUUCAAAGAAAUCACAAAGUGUGCAAAAAAAAAAAUUAUAAAAUGUGGCCGAUCGGGUCAUCGAAUCAACAAACGCCGAAUGUUCAAGUGUUCUAUAGAAAAUUUCCAACAAAAAUCAUUGCUCAUUGUUUGCUUAUAGCGUUAUCAUGGCUUACAAAAUCCGCUAAUGCAAAUGUCGUGUCAUUGACAUCGAAUGAUUUCGAUGCAUACACGUCUCAUUAUGAAUUAGUAUUUUUGAAUUUCUAUGCGGAUUGGUGUAGAUUCAGUCAAUUAUUGGCUCCGAUAUUCGAAGAAGUAUCCAAAAAAAUUACUAUUGAAUUCCCUGAUGAAGGAAAGGUUUUAUUCGCCAAAAUUGAUUGUGAACACGAAAGUGCUUUGGGCCAAAGGUUUCACAUAACGAAAUAUCCUACACUCAAAGUAAUGUUGAAUGGAAAGCUAUUGAAAAGAGAAUAUCGAGGGCAACGUAGUUCCGAAGCAAUGGCCCAAUAUCUUCGUGAUCUUCUUAAAGAUCCAAUUAUACCAAUCAAUUCUUAUGACGAGUUAAAUAAGAUCGAUGAGAAAAAAGGAGCUAUAAUGACUUAUUUCCGUUCUGAAGCUGGUUUCCAAAAAAUUGAAUAUGACCUGCUUCGCAAAGUUGCACGCGAUCUUCGAGAUGAUUGUAAAUUUUAUUGGGUGACUGGUCCGCCUGUUGACAAAUAUAGCACAGCUGAAAAAAUCUUGUCAAUCAAAUUCAAACCCUCGCGUUCAUCUCCAUCGCCAGAUGAUCUUGAAUUUCCUACCGAUUUGAAAAGCUAUGAUGAGCUGAGCACAUGGGCGACAGACAAAUGCAUUCCAUUGGUUCGUGAAAUAACGUUCGAAAAUGCCGAAGAAUUGACCGAAGAAGGUUUGCCAUUUUUGAUUCUUUUCCACCAUCCGGAUGAUAAACAUUCGGUUGAAUUGUACACUAAAACUGUCAAUCAAGAAUUAUUGAGCGAAUCCGGAAGCAUUAAUUUUUUAUUAGCCGAUGGAGUGAAAUUCGCUCAUCCAUUGAUGCAUCUGGGCAAAACUCCCAAAGAUUUACCAUUAGUUGCCAUUGAUAGCUUUCGUCAUAUGUACAUGUUUCCAAAUUUCGACGAUAUCAGAACUCCAGGAAAAUUGAAACAAUUUAUUCAGGAACUUUAUUCUGGAAAAUUACAUCGAGAAUUCCAUUUUGGUCCCGAUCCUACAUCACAUGAUCAUCAUGGGGAUGGACAUAAUCAGUUACAGACACAGCCACCAGAAUCGACAUUUGCAAAGCUAGCACCAUCAAAAAUUCGCUAUACAUUAUUAAAAGAUGAAUUGUGAUAUCUUUUUAUCUGGAUUGAUUUUCAUGCGAAAAAAAACGAUAACAAUAACAUGCUAUAAAUAUAAAUAUUUGGUAAAUUAGAAUUAUUUUUAAUCAUUAUUUGAUUGAUAACUUCCCUCCCACAACUUUGUAUGAUUUGUUUUCAUCUAUUGGUCGUGUUGUUUGGUAUGAAAUGCACAAAAUUAAUUUAUUGUUUUGUUAAUUCUUUCCCAUUUAAAAUUCAGAAUGACAUUGGUGAAAUAAAUUAAUUUUGUGUAAUUAAUUAAUCAAUUAAUUCAUAAAGAAUAAAGUUUAUCUCAUUUUAUAAUUACUAUAAUUCAAUUCAAUUAAUUCCAAAAAGCUAAAUUGAAGAAAUUACAUUGAAAGGAUUGCCCUUAAUCACGAAAAUAAAACUCAUAAGGACAAUAUCAGAUGUAGGUAGUAAAAUUUAUAAUUCCAUUUUGAAUUAUACACAAUUUAUAUAUUUCAUAACACAAUGGGAAGGGAAUAAAAUAGGCAAUUCAGUAAUGCAUCAAAGUUUUUUUUUGAUGUUAGAAUCGUAGAAAAAACUCCGUUUCACUUUUAAACACUGGGCCACAAUGAA